AUGUCUGCCAAGGGGGAGGUUGGGGAGAGUCGAGCACGUGUUGUAUAUAAUGGGAGUGCUUCUAGAAUCAAUGAAAUUGGGCUUCAACUUUAUCCAGUUUCUGAGUAUGACUCUGGCGAAGGCUUACCAUAUGCUCCUGUAGAUUGGCCAUAUGCUGGUGAUAAGUGGGGCUGGCGGGCAGGGAAAAGAGUUACAAGUUCAGGCACCUUUAGAGAUAGAUAUUUGUAUCUUCCGAAGCAUUUUAAGGAUCCAAAAUGUGGAAAGAAAAAUUCUUUUCGAAGUAAGAUUUCAGUUAAAAAGUAUCUCCAGUCUGAGUAUCCUGACAUGGAUAUAAACCAAUUUUUUGCCUCAUUUAGUUGGAUGAUUCCUUCGAAGCAGUCGCCAAGCUCAAAAGAUAUUGAUUUUGACUCAGAUAUGAAAGAGAGGACUACAUCUUUAGGGACAAAAUUGCAGUCUUUAUUGUCUGAUUCACCUAUAAGAGCCAUUACUUGUAAGGCUGGUAACAAAAUUUGUAGCAGUUUAACAGCAGAAAAUCCUUUUCCGGCCAUGCUAUGUGAUAUCUGUUGCAGCGAGCCUGGUUUUUGCCGAGACUGUUGCUGUAUCCUUUGUUGCAAAACUAUCAGUUCGGACUUUGAUGGGUACAAUUAUAUUCAAUGUGAAGCAACAAUAGAUGGCUACAUAUGUGGACAUGUUUCCCAUGUAGACUGUGCUCUACGAGCUUACAUGGCCGGGACAGUUGGAGGAAGCAUCAAUUUGGAUACACAGUAUUUAUGUCGAUACUGUGAUUUAAGGAUGGAUUUGGUUCCACAUGCUCUGAAGCUUUUAAACACCUGCACAUCUGUUGCUUCUCGUGCUGACAUCGAAACGAUUUUGAAUGUUGGCAUUUGUAUUUUGCGUGGCUCACAAAAAAGAAGUGGAAAAGAGUUGUUGCAUCGUAUUGAAUCAAUCAAGGCAAAGGUGAAAGGCGUCUGCAUUCAAGAUGCAUUCAAAAUUGAAAGUUCUGUGGAUAGCACUGACUCUGUCUCCUUUCUGUUCAAGUUUGAGAAUCAGCAGGUACAAAAUCCUACAUUUCCCAGUGAAGACCCCAAUGGCAUUACUGAUGAUCCUGGUCAAUCAGAUGCAUUUCCUACGGAUUAUUUAGUUAAUAGUACUGUGUCACAUAAUUCAUUGAAUACCUCUUUCACUAACUCAUUUGAAAACAAUGAUUAUUCUGAUGGUGAACCUAUACCAAGUGACUAG